AUGUUGGAGCGCAUGCGUAGCUGGUUUUCUGGCUCCAAGGAUGACCGCAGCGGCCUCCUGCUGCCGUCUCUGACUCAUGGCGGAGCGAGUCCUGCGUUAUGUCGCAGCGCGGAGGUUUCUGCUGCUCCCGCUGCAGCUGCUGCAGCAGCAGCAGAGUCGGAAGUAGUCCGCCCGAUCACGGAUGCUGCUGCUGCGGCCAAAUCAGCUCCAGCCAUGCAGAAUGUGUCCGCCGCUGACUAUCCCACCCCCGCCAAGUACCUGGAAAACCCCGAUCUGAUUCCCACUUACUACACUUUCCAAAGCAACAUGGUUUCCGACGAAGACCUGCUGCCGGGCAUGCUGCGCAACUUGGAGGUGGACCGCCGGCUGACGCUGCCCACCCGCACGCACAUUCGCUUUCUGGUGACAGCCACAGAUGUGAUCCACUCUUGGGCAGUGCCGGCGCUGGGCAUUAAAGCAGAUGCCAUCCCGGGGCGCCUCCAGAAGGUGAACACCUUCAUUCAAAGGGAGGGGGUCUUCUACGGGCAGUGCAGCGAGCUCUGUGGGGCUCUCCACGGCUUCAUGCCCAUUGUGGUGGAGGCCGUCAGCCCUGAGACGUACGCAGCCCACGCGAGAAAAUGGUACAAGGAGUAA